UUGGGGUUAGCGGGUUGUUGUCAGCAGUUAAAAACAUUAGGCAGUGGCGAGGUGCGUUUUGUUGUAAGUGAAGACAAUGUCAGAUGAUGAUGUUUUAAUUGGACCAGCCCUUCCGCCGAGCUUCAGGAACAAGAGCAACGACGACUCGGAUGGAGAAGACAGGAUCGUAGGUCCAGCGCUGCCCCCGGGCUACAGACCCACGGGGGAGUCGAGCACCUCAGGGAGCGACCGGGAGGAGGUGGUGUUCAAGAGGAGCCGCGUCAGCAGCGCUCGCGCCAAGCCGCGCGAGGAUCAUCAUGGCCCCGGAGCCCAGCAGGCGCAAGAGUUGCAGAAGAAGGAUGGAGAUGAUGAAGAUGAUGGUUUCUUCGGUCCUGCUCUUCCUCCUGGAUAUGAGAAACCGCCAAGCUCCCCAGAAAGACCAGUGUUGGGUCCAGCUCUCCCCCCCGGGUUUUGUUGGUCAUCACACCACAGUGAUGAUGAGGGCAGUGAAGGAGACAGCCGGGUGUUCUCAGGACCAGCACUACCCCCAGAUUAUGUUCCGGAGGCCUCCAGCAGUGAUGGAGAGGAUGAUGUCAUCGGGCCCAUGCCAGCCCAGGGGCCUUCUGACAGCACAGUUGCCAUGGAGUUUGAACGCAGAGCACAGAGAAUGAAGGACAAGCUCACAUCUGGAGAUAGUCCCAAGGAGCUCUCCCGGGAGACCUGGAUGACCGAACUGCCCCCAGAACUCCAGCACGUUGGCCUGGAGGCUCGCACUUUCAAGAAGAGGUCUGGACCAGAAGACAAAGACCGAUCUGUUUGGACAGACACCCCUGCGGACCGUGAGCGCAAAGCCAGGGAGCGCCUGGAGGGGAAGCAACGAGGCGAGUCUCACAAGGAGGCCACCCCCCGCCUCUCCCAGAAAGAGCUCCAGAUGGCCGAGAAAGUGUCCAAGUACAAUGAGGCCAAAAGAGGCGAGUCCCUCCUGAGCAUACACAGCAAGAAGAUGAAGAGGAAGGCAGAGGAAGAGGCCGACAAGCCGGCAGAAAGGAGGCCCUUCGACAGGGAUCAAGACCUGCAGGUGAACCGCUUCGAUGAGGCUCAGAAGAAGGCUCUUCUGAAGAAAUCCCAGGAGCUGAACACCCGGUUCUCCCACAGCAAGGACCGCAUGUUCCUCUAGGUGCGUGGAGAGAGACUGGACCACACCUGGCCAACCUGAAGCCCAAAACAUGCUUAAAGCGUGCGAUGUAGUGGAUGACAAGUUUCAGUGUCGAGUUUCUUUAUGUUUCUCUGUUAUUUUUAGUCUGUUGGAGGUUUCGCGUGUGUGUGUGUGUCUGGGGUGAGAGUGGGUGGGUUGGGGUUGAGACUCUGGGAAACGGAACAUAAACCUUCCCAGUUGCAGCUUGAUAGUCUCUGGAAAAAAGCGAUUGCUUUUAAGAGCCCUCAUCUCGCAUCAGGUGGUAUGCCAGCAGGAAGCAUUCAGCUGUGGUUUUGUAUUCACAAUAAUAUAUUUAGUUUUCUAGUGUAGGCUGAAUGGACGUCAUCUCCAGAUAUUUUCAGUACCACUGUGUUGGCUGUUCAACUUAAAAAGUUUUAAGGUCACUUAGUACAAGAUCCGAUGUGACUCUCCUCUAAAAUUUAAAGUAUUUUUUGGGGCAUAGCUUUGAGAAGACAGUUUGUACAGCUUUUUUAAAUAAUACCAACUCCAGCUUCCUUUGGACACCUUGCGUCUCAGUGUGAUUUUAUGUACAUUGUGGAUUUCCUAUUUGCAUUCUGUGGGCUAAGAUUCUUUUUUAAUAAUGCCUGAAAUUAAUUUUGUUGUUAAAAUUCUAUUAAAAUAAUAUUUUUAUAUGGAUCAUAUGUCAGACGUUCCUGUGAUUCCAGUCAUCUAGCACAUUGUUUCGAAUCUACAGUUCAGCUAUAGGUAGUUAAGCAGAGAAACCGGUAUAAUCGUAUAUUUUGGCCAAAGUGGGAUUAUCUUGAUUAAAAUCUUUAAUAGUUCAUGAGUCAGUUUUGGUAUUUUAAUUGUUAAUUAGCUUACGUUGACAGUCAAAUGUUCUUAUACUGUCAUCGUGAAAAUUUUCUUUCACUAGUCAGUUUUGUACUUGUGAUGUUUUCCUGCUUUACAUUCAGUCAUUAACUUUCUGCGAUGAUUGGGUGAACUAGGGAUAGUAGCAAUACCUCCACUGUUCUAUUCCUCCCAAAAUAACACUUAAGCUUUGUGUGGAACAGAGAGGGAACUUGAGACUUUUUUGAUCUUUUCCCUGAAUUCAAUGAAAGUGAAUGUAUGGUUUAAAAAUUGUGUCUUUCAAAUGACUCAGCCUCUGUCAGACCUCACGCCGACCCGAAUGGAAAUAAAACGUGACAAGUCAU